AUGAAAAUUGUUGUAAUACUUUUUCAGGAGGAUGUUCCGAUAAAUUAUCCAACUGUAACCAGUACGACCCCUCGGCUUGUCAAAAUUACGCACAAUGGGCGAAAGAUAACUGCGCACGGACAUGCAAUUUGUGCUCAAGCGGAUCCACAGGAGGUGGUGCCAUGUCGGGUGGUUCCGGUGGUUCGAGUGGUUCAAUAACUGGUACCUCGUCAGGAUGUGUAUACAAUGGCCAGAUUUACAAACAAGGCCAAACAUGGAAAGACAACUGCAAAUAUAAGUGUGAAUGUGUGGAUGGAAAUUUGGGAAAAUAUCAGUGUCGUCAGCUUUGUCUCAAUUGGAACUUACCUUCAUCAUGCUAUAUUGACCCUGCUCCACCAGGCAAAUGUUGCCCCACCCCAGCUUGUCCACCUACAAUCACACUUCAAUAUCCACCUGGUUAUGUUGCAGAGUGAAAAACUUCAUCUUUGGAUGUUGAGAAUAAUUGUUUGUUUAAAGGAUUACUUAUAAUAAAAAGGAAA